UAAAACCCAAUCGAGUAGCUAAUCCACGCCGUUUCAGUUACCGGGAAAAAGAGUGCAACAAAUAAUAUGGAAAAAUCGUUCACUCUUAUUCACAUGGUUGCCACCGCUGGUGUCUUCUCCGCCGUUUCUUGCUGGUACGGAUUCAUGUUUGGCAGAGAAUCAGCUCGUAAAGAACUUGGAGACUUGAUCGAAAGUCUUCGCCGCGAUAAUUCAAGCUCUUCUUCUUCGUCACCUCCCCCGCACUCUUGAUCGCUAUAUGGAAGCAUUGAGGUCAAGGAGCUGUGACCGAAGAACUUUCCUUCUCAAGGCUUGAAACUUGGAAAAACUUCACGGAGGCAUAUUGGGGACAUGGUUAAGAGUGCUCAUCUGGACUUCUCUGGCUGUGUAUUUUCAUGUCUUGUAGUUUCUCUCUAGACAACUUUUGUAAUGAUUUGACAGAUUUCGUUCAUUAUAUCUAACCUUUAUGCUAUGGUUGAAAGAAUUAUUUGAAACAAUUUGGGUGUAUAAUUUGAAACAAAGCUCAUUGUGGAGUUUCUUAGAAA